GCCCGAGAGGCGGCGCAGAAGCCGGCAGCCGCCGCGAUGACAGCUGACAAGGAGAAGAAAAGGAGCAGUUCUGAGCGGAGGAAGGAGAAAUCAAGAGAUGCAGCAAGAUGCAGAAGAAGCAAAGAGACUGAAGUUUUCUAUGAACUGGCACAUGAGCUGCCCCUGCCCCACAACAUCAGUUCCCACCUGGACAAGGCAUCCAUAAUGCGCUUGGCAAUCAGUUUCCUACGAACUCACAAGCUUCUGUCCUCAGUAUGUGCUGACAACGAAAAUGAACUAGAGGCAGACCAGCAGAUGGACAACUUGUACCUGAAAGCUUUGGAGGGAUUUAUUGCUGUGGUGACACAGGAUGGAGACAUGAUCUUUUUGUCAGAGAAUGUCAACAAAUAUAUGGGUCUAACCCAGGUGGAAUUAACUGGACACAGCAUUUUUGACUUCACUCAUCCAUGUGACCAUGAAGAAAUUCGAGAGAAUCUAAGUCUGAAAAAUGGUCCAGGCUUUGGAAAGAAAAACAAAGAGAUGUCAACUGAGCGUGACUUCUUCAUGAGGAUGAAAUGCACUGUUACUAACAGAGGCAGAACUGUUAACCUCAAGUCUGCCACCUGGAAGGUUUUGCAUUGCACUGGACAAGUUAAAGUGUAUAACACUUGCCCUCCACACUCUCUCUGUGGUUAUAAAGAGCCUCUUCUCACCUGCCUAAUAAUCAUGUGUGAGCCUAUUCAGCAUCCUUCUAACAUCGACAUCCCCCUGGACAGCAAGACCUUUCUGAGUCGCCAUAGCAUGGACAUGAAAUUUACCUACUGUGAUGACAGAAUAACAGAGUUGAUUGGCUACCAUCCAGAGGAGCUGCUGGGCCGUUCAGCAUAUGAGUUCUACCAUGCCUUGGACUCAGAGAGUAUGACCAAGAGUCACCAGAACUUGUGUACAAAAGGUCAAGUAGUGACAGGCCAGUACCGUAUGCUUGCCAAGCAUGGAGGAUAUGUAUGGCUGGAGACUCAAGGGACAGUGAUUUACAAUACUCGCAACUUACAGCCUCAGUGUAUCGUCUGUGUCAACUAUGUGCUGAGUGAAAUUGAGAAGAAUGAUAUUGUAUUCUCCAUGGACCAAACGGAAUCGCUCUUCAAGCCUCACCUUCUGACAGUAAGCACCACCUAUGAGAGUGGCAUCCCUGGGACAGAGAAGAGUGACUUCCUGUUUACUAAGUUAAAGGAGGAACCGGAGGAACUUGCUCAGCUGGCACCAACACCUGGCGAUGCCAUUAUUUCCCUGGAUUUCGAACUCCAUCCAGGGACACAGAAGUUUGAGGAAGCUCCUGCCUUCACCAGUGCUGUUUCAACACGAAACAAAGCAUGGCCAGCAGAAGUGAAAAGCCACACUGCUGAAGCUGAAACACUUGUGAUACCAUCCUUUACAAUGCCUCAGAUUACACCUGGCAGCAGUACUCCAAGUGCAAGCAGCAACAGUAGCUGUUCCACGCCAAGCAGCCCAGGGGAUUAUUACAGUUCUGUUGAUGAAGAUCUUAAGAUUGAGGUGACUGAAAAACUUUUUGCCAUGGACACAGAAUCAAAAAGUCAGUGCACCUCCCAGAUUGACUUCAAUGAACUGGACCUUGAAACCUUGGCUCCUUACAUUCCUAUGGAUGGAGAAGAUUUCCAGCUCAGCCCAAUCUGCCAAGAAGAAUGUCCUCUCUCUGAAAGUGCACAAAAUACCCAGCAGAGUCUAAGUAGCAUGAGUACCAUCUUCCAACCCCUUGCUUCUGCUUCACAGAACCAGUUCCUCCCAGAGAAAUAUCGCCCACAACUAUCAAACAAAAACAUUAACUCUGGGCAUGGGUCCCUAUCAUCAGUGUUCUUCAACAAUGUCAGUAGGUCAUCACUGCCACCAUACCACAAUCAAGCCAGCACUCCGCUGUCUUCGAUGGGAGGAAGACCAAAUACCCAGUGGCCACCUGACCCCCCAUUAGAAUAUGUUCCUGCUAAGUGGAGACUCAUGGAUAAAUAUUCAGGAUCCCUAUCAAGUUCCUCAGGGCCACCAACACAUUCUCCAAGCAUGCCCAUGUAUAAAAAAAUGCCCCUGGAUGCUUUUGGGCAACAAGGCAUAGAUGUAAACCCAGCAAGAAUUGCUCUGUCUAACAGCUUGAAGCUUAAGCGACAACUGGAUUAUGAAGAACAAGCAUUGCAACAGCUGAGUGGGGGAGAUCCAUCUGUCAUUAACCCAUCUCACCUAAUGUGGAAGAGAAUGAAAUUUCUCAAAGGGGAAAACUGUUCCUUGGUUACAGAGAAGAAGUCUCUCAGCACAAGUGUUCUUACAGAUGAGUUUGUCUGUAAUUCAAGAGUUCUGAGCCAACCAAUGAAUCAGCUGGAGCACCAGCAACAACCACCACCCACCCGUGGCAAUCCUGGUGAGAAUUUGAAAGCAGGAGCGGCGUUUCCCCCUCCAUUUUACAGUUCCCAUUAUCAGGACUAUACUGUCCAGCCAGCUCAUAAAGCGUCAGGUAUGACCAGUCGUCUGCUGGGGCCCUCCUUUGAACCCUACUUGUUGCCCGAAUUGACAAGAUACGACUGCGAGGUGAACAUCCCUGUUCUGGGCAGCUCUACGCUUCUGCAGGGCAGUGAACUGCUCAGAGCGCUGGACCAGGCAACCUGAGCAACCCUGCAAUAUUCCGUUGCCUAUACAGUUCAAAACAGCUUCAGUUUUUAAAUAUAUUUUUGCAAGUAAACAAUUUCUAAUACCAAUACACUUUUACAGGAUUUUACUUAGAUAUUGAACCUCUCCAUGUUACCAAAUAGUGGCCUUUUGAAGUUACUCACUUUAUUAUUCAUAUUAAAGAAAUACAUCUACUGUAUUUUCUCUAUUGCAAUCAAAGUGUUGUUUAGAGAGUUUGAUUACCCUCCCCUUACCUCGUUACCUGUAAUUUAUACACUGACAUUUUCUUCAAAUUUCAUGCUAAUAAAAAGCUGUGGUAUAAAUGCCUCAUCAUGUGAUACUUUGGCUGCAGUACAGCAAAGGUUUAUUUUUAUUGCCAAAGAUGAAUGAAACAAAUUUGAUCUCCAACCACAGUUUUCUGUUGAUCUGCCAAAUUAAAAUCCUUUGAGUCUUUCUGUUUUCCAACAUUUAUGAUAUUUAACUUCAAUAACUUCUAGAAAAGCUUACUCAAGAAAAAUCCCAACCUUCCACCUCCACCCCUUCCCUUCAUUUUUAUACACUUUGUUGAAAGAAAUGUGAACGUUGAACUACAAUGUUGUGGGUAUCUGUGAAAGUUGCACAUUGUAAGCUUUUUUCCCCCCAGAAGCAAGCCACAUUCUCAGCUGCCUAAUCUGUCUUAGCUCUACAACUAAGGGAGUCCUACAGAUUUACACCAGUGGAGGAUAUAGACCUAUGUUUUCAUUUGUGUUGGUGUUUCUUUUGUUCUUUGUUGGGUUGGGUUUGUUUUGUUUUGUUUUAAUUUCUCUCUGGGUCAGUUGUUAAUCAUCUCUUGGUACUCUUCCUGUUUCUACGACACAACAAUUUAAAGAGCUGUUUCUGCUAGAACUAGUAGUAUUUGUUAAUGGUGUUGCUGAUAUUUCAGGACUGACCAGCAGCCAGUACUAACACCUCUGAUUAAUGUUAGUCUUUUUCGCUUUAUAUACUACCUAGCAAUGUCAUUGCAAUAUUGAAUCUUUAAAACUAGAAGUUAAAGUAAUAUUUCUCAGCAUAUUGGGCUAACUCAGUUACAAGUAGACAAAAAAGAACUGAGGAUUGUGUGGUAAGAUGAAUAGCUGGCAGACAGAACUCUAUCAUUUUUACUUGCCUUACAUUAAUCAGUAGCUGAAACGUCAUUAAAAGGCAGGCAGAAAUUUUCAGAGCUCAUUUUGAUCCAUUAGUUGUCAUGCACAUAUUUUAAAAAAAAAUAAGAUUUUGAAUGCUUUCAAAGGUAAAUGGAUUUUAAAGUUUAAAAUACAACAUAUUUAAAUAGUUAAAUAUUAAUAAAAUGUAAGUGAGCAGUUCUGACAUUAAACCACAUACAGACUUAGAUAUAUGGUGGGAUACAUCAUCUUAGUUCCUCCACUGGUAUAAAUCAUAUCUUCAUAGAAGAAGAAGUGGCAACAAACAAAAGGUAAAAAUCUGGCCCAGAAACUUAAAACAAAGAUUUUUUUUUUGAGACUCCUGAUUCUACUGAAGCCUAGUUUUUAAAAUUGCUUUAUAUCAUGCACUGACACUUGCAGAGAGGGAGCCUUGGGUUCAGAGAGCACUUCAGAGUUUGCUGUGUUAAGUCAGUCUUAACCACACAUACUUAGAAAAGCUGAAGAUCUUUUGUUAUUGGUACAUAACAAAAAAUUACAGUCCCUAUUGUAGGCAAUCUUUCAAGAGUUUAUUGCAAAAAAUAAUCUAUUCCUAAAGUGAAGUUAUUACUGUGUGGAAAAAAAUACAUUAUAAGCUCAAGAUCUGAUUAAAAUUUGGCAAGCCAGGUCUGACAAAUUUGCGGUGGCAAGGACUUACAGGCUUCAAGGAUUAAAGACACUUGAAUACUGCUCUUUUAUUUCUUAUUUGUUUAGUUUCAGCAUUAAAAAUGUUAUGCCCUAACAGUUUACUAAAACACUCUGAAAAAAAUAUUCCAUGUCUUAAUAUUAAUCAUACUUUUUAUCAUAAUUAUUUCAUAAUCUAUAUUGCUGAAUUCUUAUUGACAAUAUUAUAAGUGUAUGGGAACUUUAACUUGAUAAGGAAAUGUAUUUUGACACUGAUACCUUAUUAAAGUAUACUGAUCCUAAAUCCUUUGUGACUCAUUU